AUGUCCAAUCACAACGUUCGGUUCAACAAACGCUUCCUCAGGUUUGGACGUAAUUUCGGCGAGCCGUUCCUACGCUUUGGUCGAGGUGGCACUUCCCUUCUUGAAGAUGACAUCGACAAACGUUUCGACUCCUAUGAGGAUAAAGCCUACCUACGAUUCGGCCGAUCAGACCCCGGAGAAGACCCCAUGUUAAAAGCCAUACUACUACGAGGUGCCCCCAACAACAACGGCUGGCAAUACCGACGUAAGCGUGAUGCUAUGGAUGAAACAAAGGUCAAGGACAACGAUCACAGUCGUCAACGUCGCUCGGUGCAGGAGCCGUCUAUAUCAUCUGCCGAUGCCAUGAAAAGAUCAGUAGAUACCACGGACGAUGUCCGAGUUAGACACCUUGCUAACUAUGACGCUCUAAGCGACAGGGUCGACGAUUUAGAGAAACGCUUCAUGAGGUUUGGUCGUAAUGGAUGGCUUCAUUUCGGUAAACGUGGAUUUGAAGUUUGA